AUGCAUAAUUAUCCUCAGGAGGAGGUCCUUCAACGAGCCUCAACGCUGGGGGCUGAGGGCACGCCACUGGACUUGGCGUUGUAUGGCAACUGGCAGCCCAUGAUCCAUCCUCACGAACACAUUGAAGAAGAAAAGUUGUCCUUGUUGCUACAGACCCUCCAGUUUCACACCCUCAGUCUCGAGAGGACGCAGGCACCCCAGCGGGAGCCCGUGAAUUUCUUGCGGAUUCCCCAGAGCCUGUUCCAGUUCGACUUGAGGAUUUUGCCGCACGUAAACGACUUGUUCCUCUUCAAUCUCCCGAACAAAGCAGGCCAAGUCGUAAACUGUCUGAAACUCACGCUCAAGUACGAUCCCAGGAUCACAGGCUGGAGGGGUGAAGGCGCACCUCCAACGCAUCCUAAGGUCGGCAAAAGCCGUGGCGGGGAGCCGCUCGGGGUGCCAGCAGGACCGGGAGGCUUUGAGGAGGGCAACAGAAAACGGUGA